AUGGCCUCCCACGUCCAACCCACACCUGAACCAAACAGACAGCUCGCGGCAUCCACUUUGACUCGUGGCACUGGAACCAAUAAUCAUUUGUUGUACCCGAUCGCCUCCGACUCCCCAUACACGGGUGAUCAACCCAUCUACAGGUUGGUGCCUGCCGACUCCGUGCACGCAGGCAAGAAUCCCAUCUACAAGCUGGAGUCCACAGUGUCCACCAGUUCUCCAUACACGGGCAACAACCCCAUGUACAGAGGAGUGUCAUACGCGUACAACAACCCAGCCAACUCUCCUUACCGGUCGCCAUAUCCGAUUCCCACCAGCUCUCCAUACGCGCGCAGCAACCCAGCCAUGCCGCGCCCACCGGCUCCGGAGAUCGACACCUCCCGUGCCGACCCCAAGGACAAGAGCUCCGCACGAACUGCGUCUGCCAAGGAACCUACACCCACCAAAGCAGCCCGUGGCACGGCACCUUCGAGAGACAACGUGGCGGGACAGUGGUACGCAUGGUACACGAAGUGGAUCAACCGCUUCUGGCCACGACUGCGGCAAGAAGGCAUCGAGCUGGGCAUCCUCCCAACCAACUGCCGCAAGCUCAUCUCCGCCGACCUGAUCGCCUCGGACAACGUCUCAGACCCGGUCGUCGCGUUGCUCCACUACUUGAUCGAAUCCCACACCUACAUCACGGAGACCUACGACGACAACCUCGCCGCGCCCAUGGGCUACCCCGUCGCCGAAUGGUCGUACCCCGAAUUCGCCCUGGAGGACCGCAGCAGCAUCCCCCACACGACGGACGACGACGACGACGACGACGACAACAACAACAACAACAACACCACCACCACCACAGCCACCACAACCACAACAAUCAUCAUCCUGCACCACCACCUCCGCGACCCCGGCCCCCUCCUCCGCAAGCGCCGCCGCGUGCACCACCACCCCACGCACAACCCGCUCCAAUGGGACUACGGCGUCUGCCGCCCGCCGGUGCCGCGCUACUGGCGCCAUCUGCCGCAGGUGCGCGUCAACAUCAGCGGCGUCAGCAGCGGCGGUGGCCGCGGUAGCGGUGGCCGCGGUAGCGGUGGCAGUGGCGUGCUCGGCGCGCUGCGUGCGCGGGAGGAGAGAGAGGUGGAGAGCGGGGCGCGCGAGGCGGAGGAGUGGUGGGUCGGGGUGGAGGGGUGGGAGCGCGAGGGCGACGGCGAGGGCAGGACGCGGCUCGGGUUGUUGGACUUGCGGUAUGAGAGGUGGGGGAGGUGGAAGGGGAGGAGGCGGAGGAGGCGGGCGGGGGAGAAUGGGGAAGACGGGGAGGACGGGGAGGAGGAAGAGGAGGAAGAGGAGGACGAGGAGGAGGACGAGGAGGAGGACGAGGAGGAUGAGGAGGGAGAUCGGGGUGGUGGGGGGCAUGGUGGAGAUUGGGAGAGCGGGGAUGAUGAUGAUGAGGAGGAGGAAGGAGAAGAGGGAGAGGAGGGAGAAGGAGAGGAGGGAGAAGGAGAGGAGGGAGAAGGAGAGGAGGGAGAGGGAGAGGAGGAAGGUGAGGAUGAAGAGGAUGAAGAGGAUGAAGAGGACUCGUCGGACGAGGACUACAAGGAUGGUAACAAAGACGUGGAGAUGGUAGAGGCCCCUAGCUCGGAUGAAGCUUCCGGUGAAGCUUCACCAGAGGAAGAAAGCGAUCACGAGGCGCUGCAAGAGCGCCGCUCUUCCCGCCUCCGCAAGCGCCCACGCCUUCACUAUGCUCGAUAG